AUGUUGGGGCAGUGUCUAGGUGGCUCCCAGCUGGCUCCCAGGUGGCUCCCAGGUGGCUCCCAAGUGGCUCCCAGGUGGCUCCCAGGUGGCUCCCAGGUGGCCCCCAGGUGGCUCCCAGGUGGCUCCCAGGUGGCUCCCAGGUGGCUCCCAGCUGGCUCCCAGGUGGCUCCCAGGUGGCUCACCUCAACCCCGCCACGCCCACCCCACACCGCCCCAACCCCGCCACGCCCACCCCACAUCGCCCCAACCCCGCCACGCCCACCCAACGCCGCCUCAACCCCACCACGCCCACCCCCACGCCGCCUCAACCCCACCACGCCCACCCCCACGCCGCCUCAACCCCACCACGCCCACCCCACGCCGCCCCAACCCCGCCACGCCCACCCCACACCGCCCCAACCCCGCCACGCCCACCCCCACGCCGCCUCAACCCCACCACGCCCACCCCACACCGCCCCAACCCCGCCACGCCCACCCCACGCCGCCCCAACCCCGCCACGCCCACCCCACACCGCCCCAACCCCGCCACGCCCACCCCCACGCCGCCUCAACCCCACCACGCCCACCCCACGCCGCCCCAACCCCGCCACGCCCACCCCCACGCCGCCUCAACCCCACCACGCCCACCCCACACCGCCCCAACCCCGCCACGCCCACCCAACGCCGCCUCAACCCCACCACGCCCACCCCAACCCCGCCACGCCCACCCCCACGCCGCCUCAACCCCGCCACGCCCACCCCCACGCCGCCUCAACCCCGCCACGCCCACCCCCCACGCCGCCUCAACCCCGCCACGCCCACCCCCCACGCCGCCCCAACCCCGCCACGCCCACACCCACGCCGCCUCAACCCCGCCACGCCCACCCCCACGCCGCCUCAACCCCGCCACGCCCACCCCCCACGCCGCCUCAACCCCGCCACGCCCACCCACGCCACGCCCACCCCACACCGCCCCAACCCCGCCACGCCCACCCCCACGCCGCCUCAACCCCGCCACGCCCACCCCCACGCCGCCUCAACCCCGCCACGCCCACCCCACACCGCCCCAACCCCGCCACGCCCACCCCCACGCCGCCUCAACCCCACCACGCCCACCCCACACCGCCCCACACCACAGGAUCACAAGUCCCGCUUAUACGUCUGUAA